UCACAACUGCUCGGCUUGUGGGGGGCGCUCCAGCCCGACUGUCGUGCGCGUGAGCCGGUCAGUCCCUAUCAGAACGUGGCACGGAUUGCACGCGAAACGCGCUUUUUAUGCGCCGUCGUACAGGUUGGACCAGGUAGCUCCCCACAGACAGGUGAACAAUCAGUGAAAAACAGCAUCAGGGAUUUUUCAUGUUUCCAUUGGUGUGAGCAGCGUGGGAACAAACAAUGGCUCUGGGGAAAACUGCAACUUUUUGCGCCGUGUUUACGCUUCUAGUGGUAGUGGCAUGUGUUAAUUGUGAUGAACUACGCGUCGGUGGUGAUGACCAGGUGCAAUCGGACAUCAGGAAAAUCCUUCCGCGGAAUGUUGGUGCUAGUGCAAGUGACUCCAGUGGGAAUGGGACGAAAAUGAGAGUGCUGGGGGAUUUUGGAGUAUUUGGUUCAAUCGAUCGUGCACUUCUGGAAGCUUUAGAGCAAAUGAUUGGUAAAUUGGAAGGAGUGGGUUGUCGGAGGGAUUUGAAUCUUACACUGCAGGCGAUCCGAAGGAAGGAACCGUGGGCGAUUGCGAUGUUUGACGCGUCGGCCAAAGCCACUUCCGGAAUCGAGUACGGGAAUGUCUUUCAGCUGGGUCACUUCGAUCAGUGCAUGGGGGUGAACCAGGAUCGUGCUGUGGUCGCCCAGUACUGUCUGGCUGAUGUCCGCGUGGACGGUUACCAGGUACGGACGAUGGUGUCCCGAAAUGUGGCGAUCGCAAACACAACCCUAGUUCACUGGGGAGUGUGCCUUCCGGCCUCUUGCCAGCAAGCGGACAUUGUUCGAUUGCUGCAUCAGAUCACCGGCUUUCGGGAGGUAAGCAUACCCGGUCACGGAUGCCACCAGGAGAAACCGGUGAGCGCUUCUUCGAUGGACAUUGCGUACGCCGUCGUGAUGCUGUUUUUCGUACUCAUGGUCAUAGCCGGCACCGGGUUCCACCUGUGGUCGAUACGCAGCUGCUCGAAAUCGAACAAACAGUCAACGCUUGGAUUUGUGCUGAAGUCAUUCUCGGUGGUGGAGAAUAUUCGGAAGCUAGCCCAGGACAGCAAAGACGAUCACGGACUGGGCUGUAUCAACGGAAUCAAGGCAGUGGCUAUGUUUUUCAUUCUCGGCGGUCACGCCCUGCUCUUCAUGGCGGGAGGAGCAGCCUACAAUCCCGGCUUUCACGGAGAGCAAGCAAAACUGCUCCGCAAUGCGUUUCUGCUCAACUCGCCGCUCCUGGUGGACACUUUUCUUUUGCUGAGUGGAUUUUUGCUUGCUCGAUUGCUGCUGAUCGAGCUAGAUAAACGCCGAGGUCGGGUUAACUUUGCCGCACUCUACGUCUUCCGCUAUAUAAGGCUAACCCCCGCCUACGUCGCAGUCAUGGCCCUCUAUGCAACCUGGCUACCCCAGCUGGGCAGUGGUCCUCUGUGGAACCAGCGGAUGCUUCUGGAGCAGUCCCGAUGCCAGGCGAGCUGGUGGCGAAAUGUACUUUACAUCAACAACUACAUUGGAACCGAUCAGCUGUGUAUGUUCCAAUCGUGGUAUCUGGCAGCUGACACGCAGCUAUUCGUUCUGGCACCGAUUGUACUGUAUCCAAUGUGGAAACUUGGUCGCCGAGCGGCACUACUGCUGGUGAGUGCAGUGGUGGUGGUUUCCGUCGUUAUUCCAUUUUGGGUUACGUACAGUGGUCGAUUGGAUCCAUCGUUGAUGAUUUUCACUGAUGAGGUUGUGGAUCUACAGGCCAACCAGUUCUUCGCGAAUGUCUACGUGAAGACGCAUAUGCGAGCAACGGCUUACGUUGUGGGUCUGCUCGUUGGCUAUCUGGUCCAUUUGAUGCAGCAGAAAAGCAUCACCAUCGGCAAACAGAAGGUGGUUUGCCUCUGGACGUGUUCCACAUUCAUUGGAUCGGUCUCGAUGUUGGGCAUUUCGACGUUCUACAAUUCAACCGGAACGGACAACUAUCUGGACAAUGCAUUAUACGCAGCACUCCAUAGGCUCGGAUGGAGUCUUUCGAACGGAUGGCUAGUGCUUGCGUGUGUGACAGGUCACGCUGGUCCACUGAAGAAGUUCCUCUCAUCGAGUGCCCUCGUUCCACUCAGCCGGCUAACGUAUUCUGCCUAUUUAACUAACGGUUUGGUGGAGUUGUACUUUAGUGUUUCCCAGCGUGUUCCGCUGUAUGCGAGUGUUGUCAGUUUGACGGCUGCGACACUGUCCCACAUCUGUCUCACCUUCCUAACGGCGUUGGGCCUCUGUCUGAUGUUCGAAUCUCCCAUUCACGGCAUCGAGAAGAUAUUCCUACGGCGGGUGAAACCCAACAGCGGAAGCCACCACCAGGUGGAAAAAGUAUCCGAUUCAAACACCCAAAGCACCUCCGAUGAUACGUCGGGUGCGUGAUUGCCUCGAGGCUGAAAUGCUGCAAAAAUAGAGAAUAAGGUUAGGUAUUUAAAAUUUGUUAUUGUACAUAGCCAGGGAUAGGUUAGGAAUUUCUUUUCUCAUUCGUCGAGACCAUCCGGGUAUCGCUAGCUAUAAGACUUCUAAUGUUUAAUGGUUUGUUUCUUCCAGCUAGUAGCAUUUUAACGGUAGCUUAGCGCUUAACUGAUUUCAAAGAAUACGCUCUCAAUCUGUUCGUCUUUGGGACAGAGAACUGAAAGUAAACGUUUUGUUACACUCUAGACUCAUACGU